AUGUUCGGCUGGAUUCACGAAAGUCUUCGUCAACUGGUGUACAGAAAAUAUGGUAGAGAAGUUUGGCGAAAGAUUCUUGAGAUGGCCAAGUUUGAGGAAGGCACAGAAAGCGAAAUCGCUCAUUAUUACAAUGAUGUCGAAUCAAUGAGACUAGUAAAUUCGAUGGCAAGUAUUAUUGGAAUUCCUGUCGAAGAGGUUUGGGAAGCUUAUGGUGGUUUCCUCAUUCAAUUCACCAUGGAGACAGGAUGGGACGAAUUAUUGCGCGCGAUGGCUAGCGAUCUCGAGGGUUUUCUUGAUUCGCUUGACUCGCUGCAUUACUUCAUCGACCAUGUUGUCUAUCAAACGAAAUUGCGUGGUCCAUCAUUCCGAUGCGAACCUCAACCAGAUGGAACGCUGCUUCUUCAUUAUUAUUCCAAGAGAAGUGGACUUUAUCCGAUUGUCAAAGGAGUCGUCCGAGAGGUGGCUCGUCGUAUCUACGAGACCGAAGUUAUAAUGAAAGUACAGGAAAGGAAGCAGGAGCACUUGGACGCUUUUGUGACCGAACACGUUGUGUUUGUUAUCAGUCAAGUUGAUACUGGAAAUGGCCAACCAGCAAAAGCGAUUUCAAGCAAGCCGGAGCAGUUCGAUGCAAAUGUGGGUGUAUUCGACAUUAGUUCAGACGACUUUUCCAUUGCUUUUCCCUACCAUAUCUGUUUCGAUAAGGACCUAUUUGUUGAACAUUUCGGACACUAUAUUCGGAAUGCAUAUCCAAUGGCAAUACGUCAAGAGACAAGAGUUUCUGAUAUUUUGGAGCUGGUACAUCCUGAGGUGCCUCUAUCCUACGAGUCGAUUCUAGCAUUCAAGAAUAGCUUAUUUGUUUUCAAAAUGAGAGGUAUCGGAGAUAUAGUUCACCAGAAGGAUGAGGAAAUGAAACCUAUUUUACUCAAAGGUUCAAUGAUCCUGAUCGGUGGUGGCAACUACAUUCUUUACAUCUCUUCUGUAUAUGUCACUACAGUACGCGAAUUAAUUGAAAGAAAUCUUCAUAUCAGUGACAUGCAGCGACAUGAUGGCACCAGAGAUUUGAUUAUGCUCAAUCAGAGUCGAAUGAGUCAAGUUGAGCUAAACCGCAAGCUGGAAGAAACGACUAAAAGUCUCAAGAAAAUGGCAAACGAGUUAGAGAUAGAAAAACAGAAAACGGACGAACUUCUGUGCGAGCUGAUGCCAGCCUCUAUCGCUGAUGCUCUACGACAGGGGAGAAUGGUGGAAGCAAGUGAUUUUUCGGACUGCACACUACUGUUCACCGAUAUUGUGACUUUUACCAACAUAUGCGCAAAAUGCACACCGUACGACGUUGUAACGCUGCUAAAUGAUCUGUAUCUGAGGUUUGACCGGUUGAUUGGAUUGCACGGCGUAUAUAAAGUGGAAACUAUUGGUGAUGCCUAUAUGGUCGUUGGAGGAGUGCCUGAUCCAUGCGAAAAUCAUUCUGAAAGAGUACUGAACGUGUCUAUAGGAUUGUUGAUGGAAUCCAAGUUGGUACUAUCACCAAUUACGCAGAAACCUAUCAAAAUUCGCGUGGGCGUUCACGCUGGCCCAGUAGUAGCAGGUGUCGUAGGCAUGAAAAUGCCAAGGUACUGUUUAUUCGGUGAUUCUGUGAAUGUUGCGAAUAAAAUGGAGUCAUGCGGGGUUCCAGUGAAGAUCCACGUUUCGGAAAGUGCGAAAACGAAUGCGCUGCGCUCGAAUCAAAACUUCGUUUUUGUCGACAGAGGGAUGACCGAUAUUAAGGGGAAAGGACCCAUGUAUACCUACUUUCUUGAAAGAAAUGACAGAAAAAGCGUCUGGGAGCUGUGUGCUCGACCUAGAUCUGGUGAGCAAACGAUCGAUGGAUAUUUGGAACUGCAUGAUUUUUCUGUCUACCAAGAGGACAACCCAAAGGACCAGGUGAAGAACGGCGUGACAAAGCCGAAGGAGAUCGGGCCCGGAGCAGAUCCUGCUACUCAUCACGUCAGAUCUCCAACUUGUGCUAUUUUGUGA